AUGCAUAGAUUUAUGCCCUCGUUCGCGGACUGGAUAAGUGCAGGAGGACAGUGUAUCAUAGCAAGGAAAAAGGAAAACAGUUUCUCGAUAUGAGGGCGGGUAAUGAUGGCUCGAAAGGGAUUGGGAUGAUGAGCCUCUUGUUCCCGCAGUAUCAUACUCGCUCACUCACCCACCCUGGGCCAGCCAAUCCCUACCGUAGCCUGCCCUUAUCGAUAAGCAGAUAAACAUCCCCCCUCUCUACCAUCCGCCACUGCAACCAACCCCGGGACAACUUUUUUCACUCUUGCUCCCCACUGUGGACUAAUUUCUCGAGGGCUGGCAGCGCUGCUACACUGUUGCUGCAUUGAGAAUGGCAACUGCUUCCAACGGCCUUACCGCAAAUGCUCUGACGGAGUACUCCUCCAAUAUCCCUGAACAGGGGAGCGGAAGGUGUAGUCCUGUUUCUUCCGUCCCCUCGGUUUUUAAGCAUGAAGAUGGGAGCCCGGAUGUAAGUUGCGCGCUUCUCUUUUCCUCCUUUUUUCGUCCCCCAUGUUUGGUUAGGGCUGAGUGGCGGGGUGUGGAAAUAGUACUUGCGUUUGAUUCUUACUUCGAGAGUUUACGAUGUCGUCAAGGAGACCCCCGUUACUCCUGCUGUGCAUGCCAGCAACGCGCUGGGGUGUAGGGUUGUUCUUAAGCGAGAGGAUUUGCAUCCUGUAUUUAGUUUCAAGCUUCGUGGGGCUUAUAAUAAGAUGGCUCAUUUACCUGUUGAAGAGAGGUGGAAGGGUGUGAUUGCUUGUUCUGCUGGUUGUCUAUUCCACUCCUCCGUAUCCUUGCAUCAACAUUGGCUAAUCGCGAUACUCACUCAACUACAGGAAACCACGCUCAAGGUGUCGCUUACGCUGCUAAGCACCUCGGCAUUCCUGCGACCAUAGUCAUGCCUACUGCCACACCAGACAUUAAGCACCGGAAUGUGAGUAGACUGGGCUCAAAUGUGGUGCUUUAUGGCAGCGAUUUUGACGCUGCGAAAGCACACUGCAAGAGCUUAGAGGUUAAGUACGGGCUCACCAAUAUUGCGCCGUUUGACGACCCAUACGUGAUUGCUGGGCAGGGGACAAUUGGUGUGGAAUUAUUGCGUCAGUGCAAUUUGGAGAACCUCAAGGCUGUUUUCUGUUGUGUGGGCGGCGGAGGACUUAUUGCUGGUGUGGGUGUCUAUAUCAAGAGGCUGGCACCCCAUGUUAAGGUAAUUGGGGUUGAGACUCAUGAUGCAAACGCUAUGGUCGCCUCAUUGAGGGCUGGUGAGAGGAUUACUCUGAAAGAGGUGGGAUUGUUUGCGGAUGGGGCUGCGGUGAAGGUUGUGGGGAAGGAGACCUUUAGGGUUUGUAAGGAGUGUGUUGAUGAGAUCAUCGAGAUCUCCACCGAUGAGAUUUGCUCUGCUAUUAAAGAUGUGUUUGUUGGUAAGAGUUACACACUUGGGUCUGGAUAGUUACGAUUUUAACGAUAUAAAGAUACCCGCUCCGUUGUCGAACCGGCUGGCGCGCUCGCAUUGGCUGGAUUGAAGAAAUAUGUCGCUGCCAACCGUCCGACCAACGAGAAGGAUACAUUCUGCGCCAUUCUGUCCGGGGCCAAUAUGGACUUUGACCGGCUCCGCUUUGUGGCGGAGAGAGCGAGACUUGGGGAAGGCAAGGAGGUUUUGCUUUCUAUUGUGAUUCCUGAGAAGCCGAAAUCCUUUCUCGAGAUGAUGCAGUGCAUCCUUCCUCGGCCAGUGACCGAGUUCUCGUACCGUUUUGGGGACUCUAAAUCGGCAUCCAUUUUCAUGUCUAUCAUUGUUCAGGACCGUUUUUCUGAGAUUCCUAGUAUUUUGGGCCUUCUUAGAGAGAAGGGAUAUUAUGCCGAGGAUAUUAGUGAUAACGAGAUGGCGAAGUCUCAUGUUCGGUAUCUUACUGGUGGGAGAUUGCCUGAUGGGUGCGUCUCCGAGGAGAGGAUAUAUAGGUUUGGUAAGUUUGUGGCGACUAUGAGGUUGGUAUUGGAGCGUGCUGAUGUCUGAUUAUAGAGUUCCCUGAGCGCCCCGGUGCCCUCGAGAAGUUCCUGAAGUCUUUGCACCCCGCCUUUAAUAUCUCCCUCUUCCAUUACAGGAACCAGGGUGGGGGUACUUCUCACCGAAUCCUUUCUAAGCAUUGCGCACUGACACGACACUUCAAACAGAUAUUGGAAAGGUUCUCGCAGGCAUUCAAGUUCCGGUGGGUAAACGUGAGGACUUGGAAGCCUUUCUCGUCAACCUCAGGUACCCCUUCGUCGAUGAGACUGAGAAUACUGUCUACAAAAAGUUUAUGACACCCAUUGCUGAAAAGGUGGACGGCGCGUGUUUAUAGACGGAUAUCUUUGGUUUGGCAGUUCCAUUUUUCCAUAGCCACGGUAGAAGGUUUCAUAGGGAUGGACUAGGCAGGCACUAGAAAAUAUCUGUUCUUCGUACGGUAUAAGUUAAGUACCAGUAUAGGAUUAAUAGAGCGAUACUUCAUCGGAUAUUUGCG